AUGGCUAGUGUAAAAAAACCGCCAUUAUUCACAUCGGACUUCGAGAUCUUCGGCAAAGUACAGGGCGUGUACUUUCGCAAGCACACCCAGAAGAGAGCCACGGAACUGGGCCUCAAGGGUUGGGUUAUGAACACCGCGCAGGGCACAGUGGUGGGUCAGCUGCAGGGGCCGCCGAAUGCCGUUGAAGACAUGAAGCUCUGGCUCCAGAAAGUGGGCAGUCCGAAGUCGAAAAUUGACAAAGCGACGUUCCGGAACGAGGGACAGAUCGACGGUUACGCGUUCAGGACCUUCGAGAUACGUCGCUAG